CGAGAGCCGUAGAAAAAUAUGAUUCAGAAUUCCCUUUGUGACCUGGCUUGACUCUGCACAUUUACUCAGUAACUGAGACCCUAGAGAUGGCAGAGGCUCACCAGGCUGUGGCCUUCCAGUUCACGGUCACUCCCGACGGCAUCGACCUGCGGCUGAGUCAUGAGGCGCUUAAGCAGAUCUAUCUGUCCGGACUUCAUUCCUGGAAGAAGAAGUUCAUUAGGUUCAAGAAUGGCAUCAUCACCGGCGUGUACCCGGCGAGUCCCUCCAGUUGGCUCAUCGUCGUGGUGGGCGUGAUGUCCACCAUGUACGCCAAGAUCGACCCCUCGCUGGGGAUCAUUGCGAAGAUCAACCGGACCCUGGACACGACGGGCAGCAUGUCCAGCCAGACGAAGCAUGUGGUCAGCGGCGUGCUGUUCGGCACGGGCCUGUGGGUGGCCCUGAUCUUCACCAUGCGGUACUCCCUCAAGGUGCUGCUGUCCUACCACGGCUGGAUGUUCGCCGAGCACGGCAAGAUGAGCCGCGCCACCAAAGUCUGGAUGGGGAUGGUCAAGCUCUUCUCAGGCCGGAAACCCAUGCUGUACAGCUUCCAGACGUCCCUGCCGCGCCUGCCCGUGCCCGCCGUGAGGGACACCGUGAGCAGGUAUCUGGACUCGGUGAAGCCCCUCAUGAAGGAAGCCGACUUUAAGCGGAUGACGGCUCUCGCCGAAGAUUUUGCCGUCAGCCUCGGGCCAAAGUUGCAGUGGUAUCUGAAGUUAAAAUCCUGGUGGGCUACCAACUACGUGAGCGACUGGUGGGAGGAAUACAUCUACCUGCGCGGACGGGGGCCGCUGAUGGUGAACAGCAACUACUACGCCAUGGAUUUUCUGUACGUGUUGCCCACGCACAUCCAGGCCGCCAGGGCGGGCAACACCAUCCACGCGAUCCUGCUGUACAGGCGCCAGCUGGACCGGGAGGAGCUCAAACCGAUCCUCCUCAUGGGCUCCACGGUCCCGCUCUGCUCGGCGCAGUGGGAGCGGAUGUUCAACACGUCCCGGAUCCCGGGAGAGGAGACGGACACCAUCCAGCACGUCAGGGACAGCCGGCACAUCGUCGUGUUCCACAAGGGCCGCUACUUCAAGGUCUGGCUGUACCAUGACGGCCGGCUGCUGCGGCCCCGCGAGCUGGAGCAGCAGAUACAGCGGAUCCUGGACGACCCGUCGGAGCCUCAGGCCGGGGAGGCCAAGCUGGCGGCCCUCACAGCGGGAGACAGGGUGCCCUGGGCCCGGUGCCGCCAGGCCCACUUUGCGCGUGGGAAGAACAAGCAGGCGCUGGACGCCGUGGAGAAGGCCGCCUUCUUCGUGACCCUGGACGAGACCGAGCAGGGCUACCGGAAGGAGGACCCCGACGCGUCCCUGGACAACUACGCCAAGUCCCUGCUCCACGGCCGCUGCUUCGACAGGUGGUUUGACAAGUCCUUCACGUUUAUCGUCUUCAAAAACGGGAAAAUUGGCAUGAACGCCGAGCACUCCUGGGCCGACGCGCCCAUCAUGGGGCACCUCUGGGAGUACGUCUUGGCCACUGACAGCUUCCAGCUGGGCUACUUGGAGGAUGGACACUGUAAGGGGGACACCAACCCGAGUAUCCCACCCCCCACCCGGCUGCAGUGGGACAUCCCGGAGGAGUGUCAGGAGGUGAUCCAGACGUCCCUGAGCAGCGCCAGCCUCCUGGCCAACGACGUGGACUUCCAUUCCUUCCCCUUCCACGCCUUCGGGAAGGGGCUGAUCAAGAAGUCCCGCACGAGCCCGGACGCCUUCGUGCAGCUGGCCCUGCAGCUGGCGCACUACAAGGACAUGGGCAAGUUUUGCCUCACGUACGAGGCGUCUAUGACCCGGCUCUUCCGAGAGGGGAGGACGGAGACCGUGCGCUCCUGCACCGUGGAGUCCUGCGACUUCGUGCUCGCCAUGGCGGACCCCUCCCAAACGAUGGAGCAGAGACUGCGAUUGUUCAAGAUGGCGUCGGAGAAGCACCAGCACAUGUACCGCCUGGCGAUGACCGGCGCGGGGAUCGACCGCCACCUCUUCUGCCUGUACGUGGUGUCCAAGUAUCUGGCCGUCGAGUCUCCGUUCCUGAAGGAAGUCCUGUCCGAGCCCUGGAGGCUGUCCACCAGCCAGACCCCUCUGCAGCAGGCGGAGCUGUUCGACUUGGAGAAAAACACGGAGUACGUGUCCAGCGGCGGGGGCUUCGGGCCGGUCGCUGACGAUGGUUACGGCGUGUCCUACAUUCUGGUGGGAGAGAACCUCAUCAAUUUCCACAUAUCCUCCAAGUUCUCCUGCCCUGACACGGAUUCUCAUCGCUUCGGGAAGCACCUGAGACAGGCCAUGACCGACAUCAUCGCUCUCUUUGGGUUCAGCUCCAACUCCAGGAAGUAACUCCCAGGACGGCUGCGGGAAGGACAACGGAGCUCUUCCGACAAAAACCAAAUGAAAAAUAGCUGUGACUCCUGAUCCUCGUUCAGGAUGGAAAAUUGCUCUAAAAGACUCACAACUGUUCUUGCCGUCGAGGGUUUGGUGUUUCUUGUUUUCCCAGGACAGCGGGCUCCACCCCGUGAAGUGUAGCCCUACUCCUUUCAGGCAGGUUCCCAACGUGGGGGGCACUUGAGGAAGCGCCCCGAAACUCUUCGCAUCAGCUCGCGCUUACUGGGGGGUGGAAAUGCCGCGGGGGUUGUGACCUCACACGUGUUGAAAAUGGGAUGGUCACACUCCUCGGUGGCGACCCGGGACCUGGUACUUUAGGGGCAUUUAAUUUUUUCCGAGUAAAACUAUAGUGUGUUCCGUCCGUCCGGGAAGAACGCGCUGCGGGCUGGAGGUGUUGGCAGCUAACAGCUGACGCACACGUAACGCACUAACGGGAACGCCGUGCUGCCCAACACCGUUGUCCCUGUGGUAACCGUCCUCGUCCAGUUUAGUCUCGCGUGUGUGUUCGCCUGUCCGCGUUGCAAGCAUGUAGUUCGCGCAUCUUUCGUUUUCCCAGCCUUGUGAGUAUUCAGAUCCCAGUGCCUUAACCACGGAAGGCCCUAAAUGUAAGGGAGACCGGACAAGGGGUUUAUUUUGUAGUCUUUUGGUGGAAUUGUGGGUGUCUGACUCCUCCGUUUACUGAGUGGAUAACCCUAAACAGGCAUUUUCCUGUGGUUCCCGUACCCCGAGAAAGACCGGCGCCCUUCUGAGGGCAGCUCUGUGGGCUCCCCCACCCCACUGCCUGCCUUGAGAGCGAGUGGGCGUGCGUCAGAAAUGGGGACAUUGGAUGGUUCGGUAUUGCGUGUCUGGAGUCUCCCCUGAACAAUAAAGCAUACUGUGUGCCUCGUCCUGCUCACCAAACUCUCGGCAAGCCGGCGAGACUUCUGCCCCCGGGAAAGGAACAAAACUUGAGCAAAGUGUCCGGAGAGGGCAGUGCCGAGGCGCCGGGCGGGGAGCCUGGCGAGAGAGCACCCACUGUGGGUCCUGAGGCGCUGGGGACCAGCGAUGUGUCGCCAGCAAGCCCGACCAUGUGGCUGAGUGUCGACACAUGAACCAGAGGUUGAGGUCUGAUUCCCGGUCAGGCACAUGCCCCAGUUGUGGGCUCGAUCCCUAGUGGGGAUGUACAGGAGGCAACUGAUCGAUGAUUCUCUCUCUUCAUUGAUGUUUCUCUCUCUUCCUCUCCCUGAAAUCAGCAAAAAUGUAUUUUAAAAAAAUGUUGCGCGUGAUGGGUGCUGGUUUCACACAGCCUACCCUUCAGAUGGGCGUGCCUUACCAAAAGAGGGUGAGUGACCAAAAAACACGUACGCACUGAAUCGUCCUCAGUAUUUAAUGUAAAAAGAAAGGAUCCCGGAACUUGAAACACCACUGUCUCGGCUUCCUGGCGAGUGUGGCGUCCACGUAAGGAACUGUGUUUGUUUUCUGACCACUUUGUCCCCGCUGGGCUUGUCUCUGUGAGGGCGGGAUGACUGGAGGAGAAGGCGCCGGCCACGGAGCUGGCUCGGGCACGGUUUCCUAUGUCGAGGUUGUCCUGUAAAAACCCCAUCUGAGUGGGCCAGAGAGGUUUUUUUUUUCCCCUCUUAAAGCAAGAAGAAAUGAAAACAGAAAGAAAAACACACAACCAUAGUGAGAAAAACCCCAGUCCACCUGUGGUACACAGCUCCAGCGGUGUGGGCCCCAGGCCGCGCCGCCUGCAUCACGCAUUCCUGACCACUGACCAGCCUGUGUUACCAAGCAUUCAAAUGUACACGUGUUAGCACUCAAAUAUAUUUGGGCUUAUCUCUCAGGUUUUAAAUAUUUUUGCUAAUCAGUGCAGUUGUCAAUGCAAUUUUUAUAUUCCUUAAAAGAUGGAAGAGUGGGUUUUUACUGUACAUGUUGAAAGGAAGAGGUAAGAGUAUUAUGUAUUUAAUUUAAUUUGGAACAAACCAUGGUCUUAACCAGAACUGUGGUUUGAAUUUGUUAGCUUGGACUGUCCAUUGCAUGUAAAUACAAUAUGAUCUUUGGGUUGUAAAUCUUAGAAAUGUAGUAUGAAUGUUAUCAUUAAUAAAAGCAUUAAUCCAGUCUACUA